AUGGUGCCCGCGGGCACCAAGUCGCCCGCAGGGACCACAUCAGUCGCCCGCAGACACUUUGACAGACACAGUCAGGAACAGACAGACAGGAUACAUAUGGACCUGGUGUGGCUGGCAGUGGUGUCUCUCUCCUUACCCCUGAUCUCAGAAUGCACUCCACUCUACAUCAUGUCGGCUCCAAACGUACUUCGGAUAGGAACGACAGAGAGAGUGUUUGUGGAGGCACAGGACUACAGUGGCAAAAAUUUUAAUGUCCAAAUCAGAGUGUUGUCUUUUCCCAGAAAAGACAGAGAGCUUUUCAGAACGACUGUCACCUUGUCUGCCGCAAACAACUUCCAGGUCUUAAAGGACAUAAAGAUUCAACGAAUACCGGACGUAUUUAAAGAUGACUCUGAAAUGCAGCCGUUUGUCGUCCUGACAGCCCAGUUCCCAACAAACACACUGAAGAAGGUUGUCUUAGUGUCCUUUCAAAUUGGGUACCUUUUUGUCCAAACUGAUAAGACCCUCUACACUCCAGAUUCUACAGUGAAAUACAGAGUGUUUGCCCUUAAUGCUGGAUUACAGCCUGUUGAUAACACGGUCUAUGUGGAGAUUGAGACACCGGAGGGAAUAAUGGUUAAGAGGGACCUGUUUCGACCAAAUAAUGGGAUAACGAUUGGAGAACACAAGCUGGGCAAUCCUGUCAGUUUUGGGAUCUGGAAGAUAUACACAAGGUUUCAGAGUGCUACUCAGAAGAAUUUCUCAACUGAGUUUGAAGUCAAAGAAUAUGUGCUGCCCAGUUUUGAAGUUAAACUGAAGCCAGAGAAAAACUUUUUCUCCAUCAAAGAUAAAGAAUUUAAAGUUGACAUUGAGGCCAGGUAUUUGUUUGAGAAGGAGGUCUCAGGAAUGGCUUAUGUGGUGUUUGGUGUGCUGAAGGAAAGUGCUAAGAGAGCCCUACCAAGCUCUUUAAAGAGAGUAGAGAUAUAUAAUGGAAAGGGAGUAGCAACACUGAAGAGAGAAGACAUCACAGAGAUCUUCCCAAAAAUCGAUGAGCUAGACAAGCACUCUCUGUAUGUGUCUGUCAGUGUGCUGACUGAUUUGGGCAGUGAAAUGGUGGAGGCCCAGAGAGGUGGAAUUCAUAUAGUCUCGUCUCCAUACACCAUUCAUUUCAGGAAAACACCGCAAUACUUCAAACCUGGCAUGCCCUUUGAUGUGAUGGUUUAUGUCACAAACCCUGAUGAAACCCCAGCAAAACGUAUUGCAGUGGAGGUUAACCCCGGUCUGGUGAGGGGACAUACUGGUGAAAAUGGAAUGACCAAGCUUACUGUCAACACCCGGAAAGGAUCCAAAACACUGACAAUCACUGCUAAAACGGAUGACCCACACCUAGAUGAUGAUAAACAGGCUAAAGGGCAGAUGACGGCUCAUGCUUACUCUCCCCCUGCUGGUUCUGGACACUACCUGCACAUUAGCAUAAACAGUGCAGGACUCGUCAAACAACAAUCAUUCACAGCCAAUCUUAUUUGGGGUGAAAACCGAAAAGUACAGAACCUACAUAUCACUUACAUGGUCCUCAGUAAAGGACAGAUUCUACAUGUUGGCAGAGUCCCAAUUACAACUCAGUCUGUGUGGGCUCUGCCGUUGACUGUGACAAAGGAAAUGAUCCCUUCCUUUCGUCUGGUGGCGUAUUAUCACAUGGGUACUUCAGAGGUUGUGUCUGACUCCAUCUGGGUUGAUGUGCAGGACACCUGCAUGGGAACGCUUGAAGUGAAAGUUACUCGUCCAAAGGUAACAUAUGAUCCUAGAAAAAGUGUUGAACUAGUCAUCACUGGAGACCCUGGAGCCAGGGUUGGGCUGGUGGCUGUGGAUAAAGGAGUCUAUGUGCUCAACAACAAGAACAGACUCACCCAAACCAAGAUCUGGGACAUCAUUGAGAAAAAUGAUAUUGGUUGCACAGCUGGUAGUGGUAAAGACAGUAUGGGAGUUUUCUAUGAUGCAGGACUGCUGUUUGAGUCCAAUACUGCAGGAAGCACUGUCCCCAGAAGAGAACAUGGUUGCCCUUUUCCUGCCAGCAGAAGACGCCGUGACAUUACAAUCAUGGAAUAUAAGAAAACACUGUUUGAGAAAUAUGAAGGGUUGCAGAGGGAAUGUUGUAUGGAUGGAAUGGUGGAGAAUAUUUUGGGGUACGCGUGCGAACGCCGGGCGGAGUAUAUUGAGGACGGCCAGGAGUGUGUGGAAGCUUUCCUGCACUGCUGCACUCAGUUGGCCAAUAAGAAGAAGGAUGCUGUGGUGGGCGAGCUUUUCCUCGCACGCAGUGAGAUAGAAGAUGUGGAUCUAGAACUUCUUGAGGAUAUCGUGACGCGUUCUGUUUUCCCCGAGAGCUGGCUUUGGGAUUUUUCAGUUGUUCCAGAGUGUCCCAGUGGCAAAUUGUGUAAAACAGAGUCUGUGAAGAGAUCCGAAGCCCUUCCAGACUCCAUAACCACUUGGGUCAUCACUGCCAUUGGCCUGUCCAAAACUCAUGGUAUCUGUGUGGCAAAUCCUUUGGAGUUGGUUGUUAGUAGGAAUUUCUUCAUUGAUCUGAAGUUACCUUAUUCAGCUGUGCGCAGUGAGCAACUGGAAAUCAAAGUCAUUCUUUACAACUACAUGGAGGAUGCUAUGAAUAAGGUUUUCGUAGAGAUUUUUGAAAACCAGGAGAUUUGCAGCUCAGCCACUAAGAAAAAGAAAUAUCGUACCAGAGUGAGUGUGAGCUCUAUGACAUCACGAGCUGUGCCUUUUGUCAUCAUCCCCAUGGCUGUGGGAGAAUUCACCAUCGAAGUGAGGGCCUUCACUCCUGAUGGGAUAGGGGACCAUGUGCGUAGGCCUUUGAAAGUGGUGGCAGAGGGUGUGUUGACCCGCGUAGAGGGGAAGGCCACGCCUCUGGAACCAGCUAAGCAUGGUGGAAUUCAGAGAACAGAGUUUGAGAGAAUUGAGCUGCCAAACCAAGUACCAGGCACACUUGCACACACCUACAUAGCUAUUAAAGGCAAGCCGUUGAUGUAUAUGGUGGAGAAAUCUAUAAGCGGAAAGGGUAUGGGAGAUCUCAUCCGGCAGCCUGGCGGCUGUGCCGAGCAAAAUAUGAUGUCCAUGGUGCUGCCUCUCAUCGCUACACACUACCUGGACAACACCAACCAGUGGCAUCAAGUGGGCAUGGACCGCCGACCAACAGCCCUUUCUUACAUCUCAAUGGGGUACCAAAAACAGCUUACCUACCGCACGGCACAUGGAUCCAGUGUUUCUUUCAGAAGUAACAGUGGAACUGGCAGCACAUGGAUGACGGCAUAUGCUGCAAAAAUGUUCACCAUAGCCAGCAAAUUGGUUCAAAUCCAGGAGAAUGUGAUCUGUGAGUCCUUCAAGUGGCUGAUUUUGAAUGCAAAACAGCCCGACGGUGUCUAUAAGGAGUUUGCACGCGCAUAUGCAAGUUCACUUAAGGGUGAAGAAAUAGAGGUGUCUAUGACAGCCUUUGUUCUGAUAGCAAUGCAGGAAGGCAAAUCACUUUGUGAAAAUACUCUUCUAAGCAUGUCAGCAGGCAUGAGGAAGUCUGCAGAUUAUCUUGAACGUGUGAUACAAUCUGUGAAAACACCUUACGCGGCUGCCAUAGCCUCCUACGCCUUGGCCAAUGAGGACAAACUCAAGACAGAUGUGCUGUUCAGACAUGCUUCUCCAGAUGGAAGUCACUGGCCAGUUGCUAAUGAUAAUUCCCUCACACUGGAGGCCACUGGUUAUGCCCUGUUGGCCUUGGUCAGAGCGGAGAAAUUCAAGCAAGCCACAACUGUUGUCUCAUGGCUACGAACAAAGCAGAGCUACAGCGGACGAUUUGGUGCCACGCAGGCCACUGUGGUGGUUUUCCAGGCAUUGGUCGAUUACUUCACAAAGGUGUCCGAUAUGCAAGAAAUGAAUCUGAAUGUUGAAAUAAAAGCGUCCUCCAGAAGCGGUCUGAUAAACUGGAAAUUCACCACGGGAACCGGAGCCCUGCAACGCUCAGAAAAGACUUUGACCUUGUAUUAUGCCAAACCUGACAAGAAAAAAUCUGACUGCAAGAACUUUGACCUCAAAGUGACGUUGGAUAAGGAGCGUAGAGUUUCCUACCAUGGAGCCCAUGGAAGUUAUAAGCUAACCACUGAAACCAAGUUCCUGCCUACAAACAGAACAGCUGCAAUGUCUAUUCUGGAUAUCACCAUCCCAACAGGAUUUGUUGUGGAUCAGACAGAUCUUGACAAGUUGAUAUCAGGUAAAGACAGAUACAUUAAGAAAUAUGAGAUGGACAAACUGCUGUCGGACCGAGGCUCUCUUAUUAUCUACCUGGAUAAGAUUUCCAAUCGAAAUUAUGAAAAGAUUGCAUUCAGGAUGCACAGUAUGAUGAAUGUGGGGAUGCCUCAACCUGCUGGAGUCACUGUGUAUGAGUACUACACUCCAGAGAAUCGCUGUGUGAAGUAUUACAGCACUGAGAAGGAUGGGGAAACCCUGCGACAGAUCUGCUUCGGGGACCUUUGCAGAUGUGCUCAAGGUGACUGCACCAAACCGAAGGUAAACCCAGUGCCCGAUGAGAAACAACGGCGUGAUUCUGCCUGUGAUCAGACUGAUUAUGUUUUCAAGGCUACUUUUGAUGAGAAGGAGUUGUCUCGUUUAGGUGACAGCUAUAGUUUCACUAUAGACACCGUUCUAAAAGAGGGGACGGACGUUGUGGUGGAGGGACAGACGCGUGUGUACACAGCCCAUCCAUCCUGUAGAGACGGCCUGAAUCUAGUGAAAGGACAAUCUUACCUGAUCAUGGGAAAGUUCUCUGACCUGGAGAAGCUGCACGGAAGGUACCAGUAUAAAUUUGGGGAGGAGACAUGGCUGGAGCAUUGGCCCACACAAAGGGAGAGUCAAGAGAGUGACGCACACAGACGGAGAUAUAUUGGCAUGAUGGACCUUGUGAGCUAUCUCCAAAGUCCUGGCUGUCUAACGUAA